GAUAGAAGAAAACUACUUGGAAGGCUAUUUCAAGGGAAUAACUGUCUACUUUGGCGCUUCUGCAUGCACGUAAGUCUUAUUACCUGGGUUUUGAGUCCUAUAAUUACCUUGUUAUCUUACAAUAUGGUUUUUCAGCUAUACGAAGUUAAGGGUAUUUCAUGGUAGCCUGAUGAUUGUUUGUUAAUGCUGAAGGCGUGAAUAACUAUUUUUUCCUUUAAAAAAUUUCUACUUAUACUUUCAAAAGAUAAACAGAGCAAGGAAAUAUGCUCAAUUCUUCACUGACUGCAAAUUUGCUGCUAAGAUAAAUUUGCCUUGAGUGGUGAAAGUUUCAAGAUAGUUGAACUGGAGAGAUAUUCUGGUAUGGUGGCUGAGAUUAAAAGAUUGACUUUGUCUGAGGGAGCAGAUAAAGUUUUGUGUUGUGGCAGUCAGGGGGCUUCUCAAUCAAUAAAAGCUACUAACUGUCAAUUGAUGAGAUUCCAGCCAGGUUCAUAGAGCUCCUUGGUUUAGAUUGGUGUGGCAUUCUGGUGGAAUUUUGAGGCACCCGUUUAUAAUUUUAUUGAUGCUAGUGAAAGGUCUGUUGAAGACAAAGGAUAGGUACUGAAUUGCAGAGGUAUGAGUAUGAGUUUGAGUUUAAAUUGCUUGUUGUGUGAUUCCGCUGAGGUAUCAUACAAGUAUCUCUUUUUGAAUGCCCUUCUAAUCCAUGAUAAACCUCAAACUUUAAAAUCAAUCUUCUUGAAAGUCGUCAAUAAUAGUAAUCAUGUGUA